UGGUCGUUAUUCGUUAGGCUUUAAAAAUUCGGUAUUUGUUUUCAAAGUUGCGGUAAUCGAGAUAUAUUGAUCAACUCUUACAAUUUUUAUUCAGAAAGCAAACAUCUCAGUGAACCAUAUUUCAAGAGCAAUGGAUAAAAUGAGUACAGAAAGUUCAGAUUCCAGCUUAGGCAACACGUUAUCCAUAGUGGCGCAAUUCGACGAAUUAAACCGCAUAAAUAAUGUUCUUAAUGAUGUAGCCGCUGAAGAAAGUUUCUUGGCUUUUCUAAAGCAAGUGGAAUGGGUGCGCAGUCAGUGGGCUGCAGCGGAGGCUGAGUCAAUAAGACUACAAGCAGAGCUAGAUGAGGCUCUCCAUGCGUUAGGGAAGUGGGAGGCUAAGUUUGCAAAUGUCAGGAAACUGCUUGAUGGUGAGAAGCGAGAGAGGAAGAUCUUAUUGAAGAAAUAUAAUGACCUAAGUAAGCAAAUGGAAAUGGCAAGAGACUUAUUAUUCAAUGAUAACCGUAGCAAACUGAAUGAUGAGACACUACAGAAGCUGGCCUUCUUGAAUGGCACUGCACAUCAAGAUCACAAUGCUAAACUAAAUGGAGUACCAGAACUGAAUACUACAGGGUCAUUGUUGUCAGAGAUGUCGUACUCCCGCUCCGAGAACGACUGGUCUCUGUCUUCAUCGCGUUGCUCAUGGGUGCAAAAGGGCGGUUGGGCGGCGCGUGAGACACAGCCGGCCAGCAAGAAACGCCGGUCUUCCAUGAAUUCCUCUGCUACUAAGAUGGUAGAGCUGCAAGGAGCGAAAGUGCUGGCCACGGCGACCACAACACUCACUCUGGAGCGAGCUCCCACCAACCAUGAUCUGAAGCCUCCACAGAACUUCCAACCAAUAUCAGAAAGCAGUGAUGAAGCGCCUUCAGUGAAUCGCAAGCCUGCACAUCGACUAUCGGACCGACAAGAAAGACCUGUGAAGCAGGAACACACGCCCACAGAACCCACUGCGCCGCCCAAAACUGACUCAGAGAGCGCUACAGACACCCCUCGCGCUCCGCAGCGGACGCCCUCCGUGGUGUCUGCGGGGUACGGCUCCCCGCGACACCGUGUCAAGCAGCACAACUUCGUCGCCAAGACCUUCUACAAGCGAGAGACCUGUGGCCCGUGCGGCAAGAUCAUAAAGUUCGCGAAGACGGGGGUGAAAUGCGAGGAGUGCCGCGCGCAGACGCAUCUGGAGUGUCGCUUGUUGCUGCCGCUGCCCUGCGUGCCGCCUGGCCGCCAUACUGCCGCGCAGGAGGGUACAAUAUCCGACUACGCACCGAGCACGCCGCCCAUGGUGCCGGCACUGUUGGUUCACUGCAUCAAUGAGAUCGAGAAGCGUGGCCUGAGCGAGCGCGGCAUUUAUCGGAUCAGCGCCGUCGACAGAGAUGUCAAGCGGCUCAAGGAACGCUUCUUGCGCGGUUGCGGGUCGCCGCAGCUGUCGGGCGUGGACGUGCACAUCAUCUGCGGCUGCGUCAAGGACUUCCUGCGCUCGCUGCGGGAGCCGCUCGUCACCAACGCGCUGUGGAGCGACUUCAUGCAGGCAGCUCGCGUCACGGAGCCGGCCGACGCCACGGCCGCCGUCAUCCAGGCGGUCAGCCAGCUGCCGCGACCCAACAGGGACACGCUGGCCUUCCUCGUGCUGCAUCUACACAAAGUGGCAGAGAGCCCGGAGUGCGAAAUGGGCAUAGACAACUUAAGUAAGGUGUUUGCUCCCACUGUGGUCGGGUAUGGCAUGAUGACAGAGUCGGCCGAGAUGUACACAGCCACUGCACACAUGUUCAAUGUGAUGCAAGUGCUGCUCCGUCUGCCGAGUGACUACUGGACGCAGUGGGCCUGCCCCGAGCGGGAACCGUCUUCGCCGCGCCUCGCUUCAGCCACUCUCAAGCCCAGGGGAUUCUUCUUCUCGCCGGUCGACUCGGGAGUAUCAAGAAAGAAGAGAAGCUAUUUCCAAUGAGGGAAGCCUUAAUCAUAAUCAAUAUUUUCUAUACAUUAAUAUUAUAGUUUUAGAUUUCUUUUGGUUUGUUCGUGUGAGUGAACAUUUACGUUAUGUACAGGAGGUGUGUACCUUAUUUCUUUUUUAUAUAAUGUUGUGUAUAUAGUAUUUAGAAGUGUGUACUAGUUGUGGGUAUAAUACCUUGAUUUGCAUCAAAACGAAUGUGUACAAGGAUCAAACAAUGGCGUCUUGUUUAAGGACGGGUCCACAUGUAACGAAGGGAAAGAACAUGUAACUGGAAAAAAGAGGAGACAUUUAGCUAAGUAUUAUUCGAUGUUCUUUGUGUGUGGACUAGGCUUUUAACCCCAGUUCCUUGCAAGAGGGGCUAGUCAUAAAUUUAAAGAAAAAAUAUUAUUGUAGUUGAGCCAGAAGUUAACUUGUGUUGGAUAGCUUUAUUACCGUAGUCCUUAAGGCUAAUCUUAUCUCCCAUUCACAAUCAUCAUUGAACUGUUGCUAAGUAAUAACCGCCGACAAUUCUUUUUUAACACAACAAUAAUUAAAAUAGUUUAUAGAGCGCGGGUAAAUAGUUUGGUAUGUUAUAGUUACAUAUAUAUAUAUAUUAGUAUAUCCUGUUACCACAAUAAAACUAAUAAGGCCAACGAGACAAAGAAUGUAAACAAACGGUCUGUUACUGAGUUACAUUAUACUCAGUUAUAUUGUUGUUGUUGACGAAUCAUCUUUGUCUAAUACAGACGACAGCGAUUAGAAUAGGGAACCCAGAAAUUUCUUCAAAUAAAAAUGUUUGGAAGCCCUGAAACUUUGUUUACUUUCUUUAUAUCGUCUUGUUUGCUUACCUUCCCGGAUAACAUAAAACUUGACCGUUUCGUCUUUGUCCAGACAUCCGCUGUAUUACUUGCAGUCAGGUGAAUAUAGUAGAUGUAUGCGGGAGUUCUUUUGGAUGAUACACGCUUUAGGUUCCCAAUCGAAUCGGGCCCCACAGAGUGAUAUUCUUUCAUAACUCCAUUGCACAGAUCUGCCAUCAGGCUGUCCUCGUCCCUACUCCUAAUUACUUUAGGCGAGAAGCCAUCAUCUUUGCUUCUGUGUGUGGAUGUGGAUGAAUGUGGAUGUCCAGCGGUGUUAACCCCGUUAUAAUUUCUAGGGCGGUCGUUGCAUUGUGCACUUGAAUCAUUAAUGUCUUAUAUCUAGAUACACUGUAACAGCUGUGAAAACGUUGAAAAAAAUGAGGUUGACAGUUAACCUCUAUUUGGAGCAAUGCACGCACACUAGCACUAAGUGACAUACAAAUCGGGAGUGUAAGACGUGGCUUGUCACGCACACUAAAGUAAUAAACCUGUUUUCAUCGGUUGUCUAGCAGCAAAGAGGCUCUAUCUUGACGUAUAAAUUAUCUAAGAAUAAUGUAUUGGCUGUGCAUGCCAGAUGUUGUAGAGCAAACUGGGCUCGGUUUUAGUAAGCUUUGUGAAUGUGAAUUAUCCAAAUUAUAUUAUCAUAUUAUUGGUCUUUAUUUUGUACUCUAUCCUGUUGAGCGUGCUGUAUCGCUUACCGUCAUUAACUUUAGUCAACACCAGGUAGUCUAAAAUGAGGCAUUGACAACUUGUAACAAUAAAAUUUUAAAGUUGAUUUUUUCAAAAUUACCAGAAUGGUUGAGAGUUUGGAUUAAUAUUUUUUCUUUGCUUUAGUUCAAAUAUUAAAAAUUAUUUGACUUUGAUAGUAGAUUUCAUCGCACCAAUAAAUAGGACAAUUUCAACUGAAAAAUAAAGUUCAUGAAUAUAAUUUAUUGCUUAAUGACAUUUAAAAAUGAUUUCACAAAAAGUACGGACAUCUUCGAGGAAUUCAAUUUAUUUUUAAUUUUUUAGUAUAGGUUACUUUUCUAUGAAUGAAUCUAAUGUCUAGAUAUCUUCAAAUAGAGAUCAGGCUAUAGUUGUACAUUCACAUAUCCGUUGUGACGUCACAGCGCCGCCUAU